GAGGCAGCGCCGCGGGGCCCGCCAGGCCCCGCACCCGCAGUUUCGCCGCCGGCCGCCCGGCGCGGCCCGGAGGCCGGAGCCAUGGAAUCGGAGGAGGAGCAGCACAUGACCACGCUGCUGUGCAUGGGCUUCUCGGACCCCGCCACCAUCCGCAAGGCCCUGCGCCUGGCUAAGAACGACAUCAACGAGGCCGUGGCGCUGCUCACCAACGAGCGGCCGGGCCUCGACUACGGCGGCUACGAGCCCAUGGACAGCGGCGGCGGCCCCAGCCCGGGGCCCGGCGGGGGCUCGCGCGGCGACGGCAGCGGUGACGGCGGCGGGGGUCCUUCCCGCGGCGGGAGCACGGGAGGCGGCGGCGGCUUCGACCCCCCGCCCGCCUACCACGAGGUGGUGGACGCCGAGAAGAAUGAUGAAAACGGAAACUGCUCAGGGGAAGGAAUUGAAUUCCCUACAACAAAUUUAUAUGAACUGGAAAGCCGUGUUUUGACUGAUCAUUGGUCCAUACCUUACAAGCGGGAAGAAUCACUAGGCAAAUGCCUGUUGGCGUCUACCUACCUAGCAAGACUUGGUCUUUCCGAGUCUGAUGAGAAUUGUAAAAGAUUUAUGGAUAGAUGUAUGCCUGAAGCAUUUAAAAAGCUUCUGACAUCAAGCGCUGUUCACAAGUGGGGAACUGAAAUUCAUGAAGGGAUCUACAACAUGUUGAUGCUGUUAAUAGAACUGGUUGCAGAGAGAAUAAAACAAGACCCAAUUCCCACUGGUCUGCUGGCUGUGCUGACAAUGGCUUUCAAUCCCGAUAAUGAAUACCAUUUUAAAAACCGAAUGAAAGUGUCUCAAAGGAAUUGGGCAGAAGUGUUUGGAGAGGGAAAUAUGUUUGCUGUUUCACCUGUAUCUACUUUCCAAAAGGAGCCUCAUGGAUGGGUUGUGGAUUUGGUAAAUAAGUUUGGAGAAUUAGGUGGAUUUGCAGCAAUCCAAGCCAAGCUCCAUUCAGAAGAUAUAGAACUUGGGGCAGUCUCUGCCCUGGUGCAGCCCUUGGGGGUCUGUGCAGAGUACCUCAACUCCUCAGUGGUUCAGCCCAUGCUAGACCCAGUCAUCCUUACUACAAUCCAGGACGUGCGGAGUGUGGAGGAAAAGGACCUCAAAGACAAGAGAUUGGUUAGCAUCCCGGAGCUUUUGUCUGCCAUUAAGUUACUUUGCAUGCGCUUCCAACCGGAUCUGGUGACAGUUGUGGACGACCUUCGUCUGGACAUCCUGCUGCGCAUGCUGAAAUCGCCACAUUUUAGCGCUAAAAUGAAUUCCCUCAAAGAAGUAACCAAACUAAUAGAAGAUAGCACUUUAUCCAAAUCCGUGAAGAAUGCUAUAGAUACAGACAGAUUAUUAGACUGGCUGGUUGAAAACUCAGUUCUAUCAAUUGCGUUGGAAGGCAACAUAGACCAAGCACAAUACUGUGAUCGUAUAAAGGGAAUUAUUGAACUCUUGGGCAGUAAAUUGUCUUUAGAUGAGCUCACUAAAAUUUGGAAGAUACAGUCAGGACAAUCAUCCACUGUGAUCGAGAACAUCCAUACUAUUAUUGCUGCAGCAGCUGUCAAGUUUAAUUCAGAUCAGCUUAAUCAUUUGUUUGUUCUCAUUCAGAAGAGCUGGGAGACUGAGAGUGAUAGAGUAAGACAGAAGCUUUUAAGCCUGAUUGGACGAAUAGGCCGGGAAGCUCGCUAUGAGACCACUUCUGGAAAGGUGUUAGAUGUACUCUGGGAAUUGGCUCAUCUCCCAACGCUGCCCAGUAGCCUUAUUCAGCAGGCCUUGGAGGAGCACCUGACAAUCCUUAGUGAUGCAUAUGCAGUGAAAGAAGCAAUCAAGAGGAGCUACAUCAUUAAGUGCAUAGAAGAUAUUAAAAGGCCUGGAGAAUGGUCAGGUUUGGAAAAAAACAAGAAGGAUGGAUUCAAGCAAGGUGGGCUGACUGGGGAUUAUGUCUCCCUGCCAGGCUACACAGAAACUAAGCAAAGGUCAUCUCAGCUUAAUAAUCCCCAGUUUGUAUGGGUGGUACCAGCCUUGCGUCAGCUACAUGAAAUCACACGCUCAUUCAUAAAACAAACCUAUCAAAAGCAGGAUAAGAGCAUUAUUCAAGACUUGAAGAAAAAUUUUGAAAUAGUGAAAUUGGUAACAGGAAGCUUGAUAGCUUGUCAUCGGCUUGCAGCAGCCGUGGCUGGACCCGGAGGCUUAACCGGCUCGACUCUAGUGGACGGCCGAUACACUUACCGGGAGUAUUUGGAGGCCCAUCUAAAAUUUCUGGCAUUUUUCUUGCAAGAAGCUACUCUGUAUCUGGGUUGGAAUCGUGCCAAGGAAAUCUGGGAGUGUCUUGUGACUGGCCAGGAUGUUUGUGAAUUAGAUAGAGAGAUGUGUUUUGAGUGGUUUACAAAAGGGCAGCAUGAUCUUGAGAGUGACGUUCAGCAGCAGCUCUUCAAGGAGAAGAUUCUCAAAUUGGAGUCGUAUGAAAUCACAAUGAAUGGUUUUAACUUAUUUAAGACUUUUUUUGAAAAUGUGAAUCUCUGUGAUCAUCGAUUGAAAAGACAAGGAGCUCAGUUGUAUGUAGAAAAGCUGGAAUUGAUAGGAAUGGAUUUCAUUUGGAAAAUAGCCAUGGAAUCACCUGAUGAAGAAAUUGCUAAUGAAGCUAUUCAGUUAAUCAUAAACUACAGUUACAUUAAUCUAAAUCCUAGGUUAAAGAAGGAUUCCGUAUCAUUACAUAAGAAAUUCAUUGCUGAUUGCUACACAAGAUUGGAAGCAGCCAGUUCAGCCCUUGGUGGUCCCACUCUAACACACGCUGUGACCAGAGCAACAAAGAUGCUUACAGCAACUGCCAUGCCAACUGUCGCCACGUCAGUUCAGUCUCCAUACAGAUCCACUAAACUUGUAAUAAUUGAAAGAUUGCUGCUUCUGGCAGAACGCUAUGUGAUCACUAUAGAGGAUUUUUACACUGUUCCACGAACUAUUCUACCUCAUGGGGCCUCAUUUCAUGGACAUCUUUUAACUCUUAAUGUUACUUAUGAGUCUACCAAAGAUACCUUCACUGUAGAGGCUCACAGUAAUGAAACCAUAGGGAGUGUCCGGUGGAAGAUAGCCAAGCAGUUGUGCUCUCCAGUGGAUAGUAUACAGAUAUUUACAAAUGAUAGUCUGCUGACAGUGAAUAAAGAUCAAAAGCUACUCCACCAACUGGGCUUUUCUGAUGAACAAAUCCUCACGGUAAAGACCUCAGGCAGUGGGACCCCAUCUGGGAGCUCUGCAGAUUCCUCAACCAGCUCCAGCAGCAGCAGCAGCGGGGUGUUUAGUUCAUCGUAUGCCAUGGAGCAGGAGAAGUCUCUCCCUGGUGUUGUGAUGGCACUUGUGUGUAAUGUAUUUGACAUGCUUUACCAGCUGGCCAAUCUGGAGGAGCCAAGAAUAACUCUACGAGUACGAAAGCUUCUGCUCUUGAUACCCACUGAUCCAGCCAUUCAGGAAGCCCUUGAUCAACUUGAUUCUUUAGGAAGAAAGAAAACAUUGCUGUCUGAAACAACUUCUCAGUCUUCAAAAUCUCCAUCCCUCUCUUCCAAGCAACAGCAUCAGCCAAGCGCCAGUUCAAUUUUAGAAAGUCUGUUUCGAUCUUUCGCUCCAGGAAUGUCCACCUUCAGAGUGCUCUACAACUUAGAAGUUCUAAGCUCCAAACUCAUGCCAACAGCUGAUGAUGACAUGGCAAGAAAUUGUGCAAAAUCCUUCUGUGAGAAUUUCCUCAAAGCGGGAGGUUUGAGUUUGGUUGUAAAUGUCAUGCAGAGGGAUUCCAUCCCAUCAGAAGUAGACUAUGAAACAAGGCAAGGUGUUUAUUCCAUCUGUCUGCAGCUCGCAAGAUUUUUACUUGUGGGACAAACGUUGCCGACAUUAUUAGAUGAAGAUCUUGCCAAAGACGGCAUAGAAGCACUUUCUUCCCGCCCAUUCCGAAACGUCAGCCGGCAGACAAGCAGGCAGAUGUCCUUGUGUGGUACCCCAGAGAAGUCAUCCUACCGACAGCUGUCAGUGUCUGACAGGUCUUCCAUCAGGGUUGAGGAAAUCAUCCCUGCCGCACGGGUCGCAAUACAAACAAUGGAAGUCAGUGAUUUCACGUCGACCGUGGCUUGUUUCAUGAGAUUAUCAUGGGCUGCAGCUGCUGGACGGCUUGAUCUCGUUGGGAGUAGCCAGCCAAUUAAAGAAAGUAAUUCUCUGUUUCCUGCUGGAAUUCGAAACAGACUCAGCAGCUCAGGAAGCAAUUGCAGCUCUGGAAGUGAAGGCGAUCCAGUAGCCCUGCACGCAGGCAUCUGUGUGCGACAACAGUCCGUGUCCACCAAAGACUCACUGAUUGCCGGAGAGGCCUUGUCUCUUCUUGUGACGUGCCUGCAGCUUCGUAGCCAGCAACUGGCAUCUUUCUAUAACUUGCCUUGUGUUGCUGAUUUUAUCAUUGAUAUUCUGCUUGGAUCACCAAGUGCUGAGAUUCGCCGUGUUGCCUGUGAUCAACUGUAUACUCUUAGUCAGACAGAUACUUCAGCUCAUCCAGAUGUGCAGAAGCCAAAUCAGUUUCUCCUGGGUGUAAUUCUCACAGCUCAGCUGCCUCUCUGGUCCCCAACUAGUAUUAUGCGAGGAGUGAAUCAGAGACUGUUAUCUCAGUGCAUGGAAUAUUUUGAUCUGAGGUGCCAAUUAUUAGAUGAUCUGACAACUUCAGAAAUGGAGCAGUUAAGAAUCAGCCCAGCUACCAUGCUCGAAGAUGAGAUAACUUGGCUGGAUAACUUUGAACCUAAUCGCACAGCUGAAUGUGAGACCAGCGAAGCAGACAACAUCUUAUUGGCAGGACAUUUACGGCUCAUUAAGACCCUUCUUUCUCUCUGUGGGGCAGAAAAGGAAAUGCUGGGUUCAUCACUCAUUAAACCAUUGUUAGAUGACUUCCUUUUCCGAGCUUCUAGGAUUAUUUUAAAUAGUCAUUCUCCAGCUGGCAGUGCCGCCAUCAGUCAACAGGACUUUCAUCCAAAGUGUAGCACCGUGAAUAGCAGAUUGGCUGCCUAUGAAGUCCUUGUAAUGCUGGCUGAUAGCUCCCCUUCAAAUCUUCAAAUUAUUACAAAAGAACUACUUUCAAUGCAUCAUCAGCCUGAUCCUGCUCUUACCAAGGAGUUUGAUUACCUCCCUCCUGUGGAUAGCAGGUCCAGCUCCGGGUUUGUGGGGCUGAGGAAUGGUGGCGCUACGUGUUACAUGAAUGCGGUCUUCCAGCAGCUGUACAUGCAACCUGGUCUCCCCGAGUCGUUACUUUCAGUGGAUGACGACACAGACAAUCCAGACGACAGUGUAUUCUACCAAGUGCAGUCUCUCUUUGGGCAUUUGAUGGAAAGCAAGCUACAGUACUAUGUGCCUGAGAACUUUUGGAAGAUUUUCAAGAUGUGGAACAAAGAACUCUAUGUGAGAGAGCAGCAGGAUGCAUAUGAAUUCUUCACCAGUCUCAUCGAUCAGAUGGAUGAAUAUCUCAAGAAAAUGGGGAGAGACCAGAUUUUUAAGAAUACUUUUCAGGGCAUCUAUUCUGAUCAGAAGAUCUGUAAAGACUGUCCUCACAGAUAUGAGCGUGAGGAAGCUUUUAUGGCUCUCAAUCUAGGAGUUACUUCCUGUCAGAGUUUGGAAAUUUCUUUGGACCAGUUCGUUAGAGGUGAAGUUCUAGAGGGAAGUAACGCAUAUUACUGUGAAAAGUGUAAAGAAAAGAGAAUAACAGUGAAAAGGACCUGUAUUAAGUCGUUACCUAGUGUCUUGGUCAUUCACCUGAUGAGAUUUGGAUUUGACUGGGAGAGUGGACGCUCCAUUAAAUAUGAUGAGCAGAUAAGGUUUCCCUGGAUGCUGAACAUGGAGCCUUACACAGUUUCAGGAAUGGCUCGCCAGGAUUCAUCUUCCGAAGUCGGUGAAAAUGGGCGAAGUACGGAUCAGGGAGGUGGCGGAUCUCCACGAAAAAAAGUUGCCCUCACAGAGAACUACGAGCUCGUCGGUGUCGUCGUCCACAGUGGGCAGGCGCACGCGGGCCACUACUACUCCUUCAUCAAGGACAGGCGGGGAUGUGGAAAAGGAAAGUGGUAUAAAUUUAACGACACAGUUAUAGAAGAAUUUGACUUGAAUGAUGAGACCCUGGAGUAUGAAUGCUUUGGAGGAGAAUAUAGACCAAAAGUUUAUGAUCAGACAAACCCAUAUACUGAUGUACGCCGAAGAUACUGGAACGCCUAUAUGCUCUUCUACCAAAGGGUAUCUGAUCAGAAUUCCCCAGUGCUACCAAAGAAAAGUCGAGUCAGCGUUGUACGGCAAGAAGCUGAGGAUCUCUCCCUAUCAGCACCAUCUUCACCAGAAAUUUCACCUCAAUCAUCUCCUCGGCCCCAUAGGCCUAAUAAUGACCGCCUCUCUAUUCUAACCAAGCUGGUUAAAAAAGGCGAGAAGAAAGGGCUGUUUGUGGAAAAAAUGCCUGCUCGCAUAUACCAAAUGGUGAGAGAUGAAAACCUCAAGUUUAUGAAGAAUAGAGAUGUGUACAGUAGUGAUUAUUUCAGUUUUGUUUUGUCUUUAGCAUCGUUAAAUGCUACUAAAUUAAAGCAUCCAUACUAUCCUUGCAUGGCAAAAGUGAGCUUACAGCUUGCCAUUCAAUUCCUUUUUCAAACUUAUCUACGGACAAAGAAAAAACUCAGGGUUGACACUGAAGAAUGGAUUGCCACUAUUGAAGCUUUACUUUCAAAAAGUUUUGAUGCUUGUCAGUGGCUAGUUGAAUAUUUUAUUAGUUCUGAAGGACGAGAAUUGAUAAAGAUUUUCUUACUGGAGUGCAAUGUGAGAGAAGUCCGCAUCGCUGUGGCCACCAUUCUGGAGAAAACCCUAGACAGUGCCUUGUUUUAUCAGGAUAAGUUAAAGAGCCUUCACCAGUUGCUGGAGGUCCUUCUUGCUCUGUUGGAUAAAGAUGUCCCUGAAAAUUGUAAAAACUGUGCUCAGUACUUUUUCCUGUUCAACACUUUUGUACAAAAGCAAGGAAUUAGGGCCGGAGAUCUUCUUCUGAGGCAUUCAGCUCUGCGACACAUGAUUAGCUUCCUCCUGGGGGCCAAUCGGCAAAACAAUCAGAUCCGCCGAUGGAGUUCAGCUCAAGCACGAGAAUUUGGGAACCUUCACAACACAGUGGCAUUACUUGUCUUGCAUUCAGAUGUGUCUUCCCAAAGGAACGUUGCUCCUGGUAUAUUUAAACAACGGCCGCCAAUUAGCGUUGCCCCCUCAAGCCCCCUGCUGCCCCUCCACGAGGAAGUCGAAGCCCUGCUGUUCUUGUCUGAAGGGAAGCCUUACCUGUUAGAGGUGAUGUUCGCUCUGCGGGAGCUGACCGGCUCGCUGCUGGCGCUCAUUGAGAUGGUGGUGUACUGCUGCUUCUGUAACGAGCACUUCUCCUUCACCAUGCUGCAUCUCAUUAAGAACCAACUAGAAACAGCUCCACCCCAUGAGUUAAAGAAUACGUUCCAACUGCUUCAUGAGAUACUGGUCAUUGAGGAUCCCAUACAAGUAGAGCGAGUCAAAUUUGUGUUUGAGACAGAAAACGGAUUACUAGCUCUGAUGCACCACAGUAAUCAUGUGGACAGCAGUCGCUGCUACCAGUGUGUCAAAUUUCUUGUAACUCUUGCUCAAAAGUGUCCAGCUGCUAAAGAAUACUUUAAGGAGAAUUCCCACCACUGGAGUUGGGCUGUACAGUGGCUACAGAAAAAGAUGUCAGAACAUUAUUGGACACCGCAGAGUAAUGUCUCUAAUGAAACAUCAACUGGAAAAACCUUUCAGCGAACGAUUUCAGCUCAGGACACACUGGCUUAUGCCACAGCUCUGCUGAAUGAGAAAGAGCAGUCGGGAAGCAGUAACGGGUCGGAGAGCAGUCCGGCGAAUGAGAACGGAGAGAGGCACUUACAGCAGGGUUCUGAGUCGCCCAUGAUGAUUGGCGAGUUAAGGAGUGACCUGGACGACGUCGAUCCCUAGGGGACCUGCCCCGCACACUCUAAGGAGUCACGUCCCAGUUACUGGAUGCUCAGCACCUUUCUGAACUCCACAUCUCAUCCUUGAACUCUUUAGAAGAGCUGGGAAGCUGGAGGAUCAGGUGUUUUUAAAGAGAGCGCUUGUCAGCCCCUGGAGAGGCCUGGGGGCCGCCUGGCAGCAGGAGAACUCGGCCUGUGGAUCCGCUGUCCCGGGGCCCAGCCCCUACGCGGAUUAACAUUUCCGUGGAGAUUUUAGGAAAUAAAGCCGGUGACAGACUGUUUUGUUACAUGAACAUUCAAGAGUGAGUGAGGAUAAAGCUGUUGCUUUCUCUGUGAUGCUAUUAAAAAAAAAUUCCUUUGGUUUUUAUAUUAAAAAAAAGCAAUCUGCCUUUAGAUAUGUGGGGGCAAAUUUUUAAUCUUGCAGUAACAUUGAAUAGGAAUAUCCAAUUUAAAAUGUUGUAAAGAUAUGUGAUUAAAAAAAAUUCUUUUCGCUGUAAAAUAGUAGUUAAAGAAUUCGGUUUACACAGACCUUUGUAUUUAAUAUGUCUCCCUAUUUGUAUAGAAUUUCAGGUGGGUCUGGAUGAGAGCCCUGGGCAUAAACUUGGAUCUUGAUGAUAUGUUACCAGGACCAGAAAUUGGGAAAUUUAUUAAGCUCUUGAAAGUAUUUUUCUGAGAUAAUUGAGAUUGAAAGAGCAAUAAAAAAAAAAAAGAAAAGAAAAGAAAAGAAGUGCUGUGUUCUCCCGAAGGACAGGGUGCAUUGUUUGACAUCAGUCCCUAAAGAGGUUAGGAGUUGUUCCCAAAACAAAGUUUAAAAACAGCAAAAUAAAAAGCACUUUAAGAUAUAAUCUUACUGAGUUUGACUUCAUAAAAUCAUCUUUUUAAUGCUUGGAGACAUAUUGAAUAAACUGUAGUCUUAAAUCCUGUGAUCUGCAAUCAUUUGCUUUUGUUGAAAACAUAAUUACUGAAA